AUGACCUCCACAACUACGAUUCCUGAUACGCCUGAAAGACCUCUUAGAGUCAUCAAUACUCUUGACCAAGAAAUUGGUACUGAUACUAAAAUUGAUGAAAUUACUGAGGUCUUCCAGAACCAACACGUUAAUACUUUAGAACCAACUUCUUCUCGAAACUACUAUCCCAGGCCAACUUUCCCUGACCUCCAGAUCGAAGAACGAGGCCAGUUUUCCCAAGCUGCUUAUCAUGGUGGAACAAUUAUCAAAAUAGAAGAAGGUGCAGAUAUAGAAGAUGCAGUUGCUACUCUCAUUUUCUCUAUCGCCAAACAAUUCCUCAGUGACCUCUCAAUUGUUAGAGACAAGACCUCAGAAAUUCUAGCCAACCUUCGAUGUCGCAAACUUCAGGAUUUCAGAUGGUACAAGGAUGUCUUCCUCUCAAAGGUCCUCACUAGGACUGAUUGUAACCAAGCCUUUUGGAAAGAAAAGUUCAUUGCUGGACUCCCCAAUCUUUUUGCUGAGAUAAUUCGCAAGCAAUUCAGAUCAAAACACAAUGGCCAUAUUCCUUAUGACUCCCUCACCUAUGGUGACAUCAUCAGUACCAUCACAGCUGAAGGAAUUGCUCUCUGCACCUAUUUCAAACUCCAACAACAAAUCAAGCAUGAGAAUGCCACUAGCAGAAAGGAAUUAGGAACUUUUUGCCAACAAUUCGGCUUCGAAAACCUAACCCCUCCUUCCAAAUGA